UUGGUUGUUGCUCCUGUCCAUCAGGUACAUCUGAAUAUUCCGACGGGAGCGCUGCGUCCAGGGGCGGGACAUCCUGUCAAGAGGAGAGAGGAGACUGUAGACACAGAGGAGGCUCCUCCCCCAGACCCUCUGCAGGAAGCCACAGCCCUGUCGCCAGAGGAGAAGAAGCCAUUGCCAGGAUCCAUGAAGCUUCCUGGUCCAGCAGUCAACCUAUCAGAGCUGCAGAACGUCAAGAGUGAACUACGAUGGGUCACCAAGGACUAACACACACUGCUGUGUUUCCCAACUUGUCCUCCAGUACUGAAUCAGGUGUGCUUGUCCAGGGAUACAAUAAAAUGUGUACUGUUGGGGAUACUCGAGGAGUACUACAGGUUUCUCAUCAGACCCACACCCACCCUGCAUCUUCUACUGAUGGACUACUACUACCAGAUCCACCCUGCAUCUUCUACUGAUGGACUACAACUACCACACCCACCCUGCAUCUUCUACUGAUGGACUA